AAGAAGCAAAAAAUAUCCCACCUGCUGUCAUCUUUUUUAAUGUUCAUUAAGCAGUUAAACUUUGAAGGAUUAUUUUCCAAUUGGAUGACUUUUCACAUAACUAAAAAUAAUCAUUUUGAGUUAAAUUUUGAAUAACAGUCUAUCACAACUUGAUGUUGGAGAUUUUUGUGCACCACCCAACAAAUCAGAAAGAGACAUCUCUUCUUUCUCCAGUUCCAGUGUCCCUAAUUGCUUUCCCCUCUCUCUCUCUCUCUCUCUCUCUGUGAUCAUGCGGUCGUCCCCGGAAAGAAACGACAAUAAUAGUAGGAUCUCUAGCUCGCCUUCAAAAUCAUCCUCUACGUGUUCCUCUCCUUCAUCUCAUCAGGCAGUAAAUACUUCAUCAGCAAGAAAGUCCAUGGAAGACGUUUGGAAAGAUAUAAACCUAACCUGCCUUCAAGAGUGCCCCGCCAGCCACACCAACCACCACCCUGCUUUUCCCGCUGGUGUGAUCCUUCAAGACUUCUUGGUGAGACCCUUCAACAAAGACCCACCAACUCACUCCUCUGGUAGCAGGGUCACUGAUUUCUUGGAUUCUUUAGCGCCAAGACCUGCCACAACGUUGAGGUUGAAUUCUGGGUCUGAUUUAGAAAUUCUUGAAAGCAAUAGUGUCCCCAGAAGGCCAAAUAACCCUCAGUUGCAUAGUCAUGCGAGUGUUGACACAUCCUCAUUUGGUUCUUCUCUAUUCUCUCCCUUUGGUGCUCUGGGUUCUUCAUCGGUGAUCCCUUCCAUUUGCAAGAAAAGGCUUCAAGAAAAUCACGGCAACAGUAGCGAUCGGAGACAUAAAAGAAUGAUCAAGAAUAGAGAAUCAGCUGCACGGUCCAGGGCUAGAAAGCAGGAAUCUCUCUAUCUCUUACCCAAAAAAGAUGUUUUCUUUACUUCAUGUGAUGUUUUCGUAACUUUAUUUAGUGUUUUACCCCCUUUUAAAACAUGUUCAGGCUUACACGCAAGAGUUGGAACUAGAAAGAGCCCAGUUAACUGAAGAGAAUGCUAGGCUUAGAAAGCAGCAACAAAAGUUCCUGGCAGCUCCCGCUCAGCUUACAAAAAAGCAGAGUCUGUAUAGAACCUCAACAGCACCAUUUUGAGAAAUACAUCUCUAUCAAGCUGUCCAAUAACAAAGCAGGUGGAAUAGAAAAAGACGGCCAAGGGAGAAAGAGUUGUGUGCGUGUGGAUCCCAAGCUACACGACAAACUGUGGGCAUUUUGUUCUCUCUUUUUCCCCACCAAAAAUAUUAUAUAUAAAUGUUAUUCCUUGACUUUCUUGUCUGUUUCUAGUACUGUGUGGUUUCUUUUCUCUCCUCCAACUCCAAUCACGAGGCUUUGUUGGGGAGAAGGAGAAAGACUUGUAAAAUAUAAAUGCUUCAUGAGAAACCCCAUUUGAUA